AUGUAUUACGCAAAAAGCGACGGGGACGAUUCCGCGGGACGGCGUGAUAUUAAAGUCGUUUUAGACGUACGGUCCGACGAGGACAAUAUUUACGACGACGAACACUACGGCGAUGGGAAAUAUUUCGACGAUUAUCACCGAGCAAGAAACGUCAAUAACGUCCCGACGGUCGAUUUAUGGAACACGAAUGGUGAAACGGAAAACGAUUAUUCCGAACCGGUGGCCAGUACGUUAAGCGAAUCGCAAGAGAGAAAAAGAUGCGCGCGCAUCUUGGGCUCCGCCGGCGGACGGCCGUCGGGACUCGGGGGCUACGGGCUUUUGGAAUCGAACGGGCGCCCGGCGGGAAUCCAGACCGGUAACGCGCGACCGGGACGAAUCAACGACGAUUAUCUGAUAAAAGUUUUGAAACAGUUGAUCGAAAAACUGCACAGAAACAAAACGGCCGAUUCUACGCGUCUGUCCGCGGUACGCAAGAGCAGCGGCCCGAAAAGCGAAUCGACCGACGGCGAUCCUGCAGCAAUGGCGGCCAAUAUCAGUACUUCCGCGGAAGACGAAUGGAUAUUUAAAUUGGAAAAAACGAAAGGGGACCGCAUAAUCGACCACCUCAAUUCCAGUCCGGAAAAAACGUUCGUGAACGGAAAAUGGCUGAGAAACAAACUGGCCGUGGGCAACGACGACUGCGGCGGCGGUAGGCCCGCGGCGACAAAUGCGAAUUAUAUUACGGGCGGGACGAACGUACCGAAAAACGACAAUCGGCUGAUUUUCGAUUUGAAAAAUCCCGAGAAUCAACAAGUGGCGACCGCCGAAACCGACGGUCACGAAUACCCAACGAACGGCAGUUCGCAAACGGCCAGCGGCGGCGGUGACGCGGGUAAACGGCCCGCGGAGAACAAAGAAGUUUCGACGUCUCCGUCACGGCCCGCGGCAGUAGAUAAUCAGCAACACGUGUUGGCCUCCAGAGAAACCGCCGGACCUCUGUAUUGGUCGUCCACGGCGAAAUUUAUAGAUUCCGGUACGACCGUGGACGACGACAAUAAACGGAAAUACACCACUGCGGAUACGACGGACGACGACGAAGAAGUAGACAGCGUUUCGGACGAUUACACACCGCCACCAUCGCCCGGACCGUCCGUAGCCAAUCGUUUUCCGCCGACCGCACAACCGACGUCCGAUUCGAACGGCGCAUUAGACGCGAAUCGUCCGGACAGAAUUUUAGAGUCUAACGUUUACGAAAAUAACGAUAACCCGCCGACAGCCAAUUAUUCGGAGGGGCCGGCAACCGCCACGGCGGCGGCGGACUCGGACUCGUCCGUCGAAAACGAACGCGAUCCGUUUGGAAACGCCGCGAACGGCAACGGCGCCGACUGCGUGUGCAACAAGAAAAUCGUAAAGAACGUUUUGAGUUCGAUAAUGAUAAAAAACGUCACGGAAAUUAAAACCGAUACGUAUCCCGCCGACACGUCGCUCGCGAACAAAACGAACGGUUACAAACGUUCGAAUAAAUCGCGAACGGCGAGCGAAAGUCCGGCCGGCCGAGCGAAUGUAAAGCGGGCGAAAAACGUUUUUGCGGACAACGGCGGCGGUGGCAGUACGACCUCGAAAAGGCCCCUAACGAAAUUCCCGUCCAGAGACGAAAUCGUCGCGGAGCUGAAACUCAAACGAUUACAGUUCGAGGAGCGGGUAAAAAUGAGCAACGAAAACAGACGGAGUAUACUCGGCAAAAUUAAAAUCAAAAGCGAACCGACGAACUCGUCCGACGACGGUUUGCGGCUGACCGUUCGACGAAAAAUCGCCGAAAAAUCAACGGCGACGUUUAAUCCGGGGAAAAAGGACGCGGGAAACGUUCUGGGAGAAAAAAAUACUGCCGCAAACAACAUCGCGGCGAAUAGAAAAACCUCGUCCCGACUCGACGGAUCGAAUAAAAAUAGCGAUGUCGACAAUUAUUCAGCUCGAAACGAACCGAAAGCGACUUUAGGACGGGGACACGCGGCGAAAUUCGGCGAGAAACCGGCGAAGAACGUUAAAUUCGAACGCGACGACCACGUAAACUCGAAAACGGCGAGUAAUAUUAGUGACGAAUACAAUCACGCGGGUAAGGCGACUAAAAGAAUUUCGUCCGGCAAGAGCAGUACGCCGCGAUUGUCGACGACGGAAACGAAAAAAAUCCCGGAAAAAUUUCUGGGUGAUGGUUACGUCACGGCAAACAGGAAAACGUCGGGAUAUCCGAUUGGUGCCGGUGAAAUACCCGGGGGAAACGUUGUGAGCCGAAAAAACAGACAAAGGGACCGCGAUAAUUAUUAUUCGAACGGCGUAAAACUUACGGGAAAACCGACGGGAUUGGACGGGAACGCGGACGGCGGCGGUAAAACGACGACGCCGAAAAGAACGAAAACGAAAACUGCGGACGGCAAUAGACGGCCGACGGGAAACGGCGAACUCGCGUCGAAGUUGACACCGAAAAUGUCGCCGGCAAACGGCGGAAACGCCGUGAUAAACGCGCCGGCGGCGUUAUUUUUUGACGGAGGAUCGGUCGCCGCGGAAUACGAUAUUCCGAACAAACCGACAGCUGUCGUCCGCGAAACCGGCGGCCCGAAAUCGAAAUUUAAUUCCGGCCGGGUCUUGUCGAAACCUAAACCGACGAAAACCGAACCGCAUUAUCGAACCGCGGACGAAGAAGAGUACGACGACCCGGAACACGGUCCCUAUAAAGCCGGAGAUUUAAUUCCGAUCGUAUUCGAUGGACAGACGCCGGCGGGCCGAAAGUCGUCCAGCUCGACGGGUUCUGGACGUUCGGACGGUGUUCAACGGGCGUCAUCGCCGUCGGGAGGUUCACGGCCUUUGUUUAGAAACGCGUCGCGCGACAACCGUCAACCACUGCAGCAGCAGCAGCAGCAGAAACAACAACAGCAGCAGCAGCAACAGCAACGGCAACGGCAGCAAGGAUACAACGACGACGGCAAUACAAACCGUGAAAAUGCGUCGUCGGUGACAGUUGUCGACGGCGACGGCGACAUCGUCUCCGAUUACGAUAACCGGAGAAAUCCCGUCGAUCACAAGCCGUGGAUUUUGAACAAUCAGAGCCGGUUCGACGUGCUGCACCGCGUAAAAGUCGCCGACGGUGUGUUUAAAAUACCGCUAGUGAGCCAUUCGGCGGUCGACGCCAACGGUUCCGCGCACGUUUCCGACAUUUUCAUACCGAUCGUAAAACACGACGGUCGGCACACGGCCGUGUCGCUCACGGAGCUGUUGGCCGGCGAUUUUCAGCUGUCGCAAGACGACGACGUGGGCUCGCCGUCGUCCGCGGGUUCGACGCUGCGGCAGUCGUCGACGGUUCGCUCGGGAAACGAACAGUACGGGCGCGACGUCGACGGCGGGAUGACGGACGUGGCGGACGGACCGACGUCGGUUCUCCACGGGACCGUCGACGAUAUUCUGCAACGGGCUGGUGGCGAUGGAGCGGAAAAGACACCCGUGCAGAUCAUACAAAUAAUAAACAACGGUUUGUGCUUGGACCGGUGUAACGUCACUACCGAUAAGGCGGCGAACGCGAAGGCCGUGCGCGACCCGAACAGCGCCGUCGUCGCCAAAGCCCGGAACGAAGGCAAUAAACCGCGGCCGGUUUUGUCAUCGCCGAAUCUCCGGCAAACGCGCCGAAAGAUCGGAAACGCGUACAAUCAUUUCGAUUCGGAAAUCUUGGACCGAUUUCUACAAGUGUAUACUCCCUGA